AUUCAACGCACUGAACAGCAAAAACAUUCUAUUAAUGAGACCCGCUCAACGGACAAAAAUGGACUAUAAACCAUCAUUAUCUCCCCUGGAACGCCGAUCACGCAUUCCAAUCGGCAAUGACAAUGGAAUUUGUUAUAUAUAUUUGAUAAAUUUACAACCUACUAUGUCCAUUCUUACUCUUCUCUCUCCCCUUCUCUUCAAGCUUUUUCGCGCAUCCAGCCCCCAAUAACCAACAAUGAUCAGACGUCAUACCCCAGAUAGGCAGAUUCCCAUUGGAAGCUAGUCAUAACUGGCAGCGCGUAAUAAGGGGAAUUUUUCAAGGACGCUUCUUUGGCGCUUGACUGAAACUAAUUUGACUGUCGCGAAAAGGUUCUGACGGACAACCGAAAGACAUUAAGUAUAUGUCCGACAUGGCGUGAUUAACGGUUGUUCCAAAAGCUCCUAGUUGCUUUUAAUCGAUUUCUUAUAAAAGACAUAUGGAGGAAGAUCAAUUGGACAAAGUCCACCGUUUCGCCCAUCGUUCAUUGUUGGAAACAAAGCAACAAAUAGCAAGUCAUUUGUUGGGUCAGCGACAAGCUAUUGAGGAAAGUUUAAAAGAGAAGACAAGGUUAGCAAAAUGGGUUUCAUCAAGAAUGCAAGGAAGAACAAGAUUGUGAACGUCAUAGUUGAUGUUUUUGACUGGUAUCCUGCACACUACAGCCAGAAGGAAAGGAAACUUCUCCGUAAACUCGAUAUCAACAUUCUCAUUUUUGCGUGUUUGAGUUUCUUCUGUAAAUACCUUGAUCAAACAAAUAUCACAAAUGCCUAUGUAUCCGGUAUGGAGGAAGAUAUCAAAGCAGGGGGAAAUGACUUGAAUUACUUCAACGUUGCUUAUUAUACUGCUUAUGUUGUCGGCCAAAUACCUCUCAUUUCGUUACAGUCUAAGCCUGCUUUGGCACCUUGGCUCCUUCCUUCAAUGGAAAUUAUCUGGGCCAUCCUCACAUUCUGCCAAGCUCGAGUGUCCAAGCCAUGGCAUCUUUAUCUCCUCCGAGCUCUUUUGGGUUUCUUUUCCGCUCCCAGUUUUGGAGGCACACAUUUAGUCCUUGGCUCCUGGUAUCGAAAAGAGGAGCUUUUCAAGAGGGCUGGCGUCUGGUUCACAGGUAAUUUCAUUGGUAGUGCUGUUGGUGGUUAUAUCCAAGCGGCGGCAUACAAGAACCUCAACGGUGUUUAUGGCCUGGCUGGAUGGAGAUGGCUUUUCAUUUUAACCGGUGCUAUCACUCUUCCCGUUUCUUUUAUUGGGUUCGCCCUUUUUCCCGGAUUGGUAAACAGCAAAAGGCGAUGGUGGUUUACCGAGGAAGAACACGAGCUUGCCACAACCCGUUUGACGCACGACCAUGGAGCCGAUAAUGGCGUGAACUUGCAGACUAUCAAGAACGUCCUCAGGAAGCCAAUGAUUUGGAUCUGCGUUCCCUCCUAUGUCUGCCUGGUGCUUGCCUCUUACUGGACAGGCUAUAUGUCUCUUUGGUUGAAGGCCGACACCAAUUACUCGGUUGAACUCAUCAACGUUCUUCCUACGUUCGUGUACAUUGUUUCAGCAUUGUCUUCUUGGAUCGGGACUACGCUGGCUGGCGCGAUCAACAUCCCAUCUUUGUGGACAUUACAAGCAUUCGGUAUGAUAUUCCCUGCCAUUCUUAUGUGUAUCUGGAACAUUCCAAAUGGCCUCAAGUUCUUUGCUUUCUACUUCUCAGGUCUUUCUCAGAUGGGUUCGCCCAUCUUCUAUUCGUGGAUAAAUACCACUCUACGAUCCAGCCCGGCCGAGCGAAGUUUGAUUAUCAGCUCGUGUAUGACCAUGGGAUAUUGUUUCUAUAUUUGGGUACCUCUGUUUACUUUCCCCACUGUCGAAGCGCCAGAAUGGAAGCAUGGCUAUCCACCAACAGUGGUCUUUGCUUUUGUGCAAUACAUCCUUGUACUCUUCGGUAUGUGGUAUAUGAACCGAAAUUCGGCUGUGCAGGAGAAUCCCGAGAGCCCAGAUAUUGGGUUGAGUUACAGUAGAUCAGAAGAGAGUUCUGUUUCUGAGAAAGACGAGAAGAUAGACCCAUUGGUAGAAUGGGAGGCAGAGGCAGUGAAUCAAGCUGGUAAACAAACAUCGCGGGUUGGGGCUUAACAAAUCGUGAAAGACGUAAUAUUCUUGUAACCCUCGGGCAUACUAUAAGUAAAAGGGCACCAAAACCCAUUAUGCAUUUAUACUUCA